CCCCCGCGGGCGGUGCCGCGCGCGCUGUGGGCGUGGCCCGACGCUGCCCCUCAGGCGCGGGCGGCGGGGCGCGGCGCGGCGGCAGGGGGUCACCAUGGGCAGUAAGAUGGCGGCCGCCACUAGGGUCGUUCAGGUAGUCAAGCCACAUACUCCGUUAAUUAAGUUCCCGGACAGAAAAAGUAGUCCCAGACCUAAAAUACAGGAAUCUCUACAAGCAAGUGUGCCGUCUCUCCAUGCUUCAAAAGCACAGGACUCUGUAGGAGGCAGAUCACCGGCCUUUCAAAGUAUUUCAUCUGUUAGUAGAGUACAAAGUACACCAGACACUUCUGAAUUAGCAAGAACCUUACCUCAGAAAUACAGAAGGAAACUUAUGUCAGAUGAAGAGAUUGAAUAUAUUCAACGUGGAGGUCCAGAAUAAGCACGGAAGAGAGUUUGUUGGCCACUGUUGAAGUAUUGUGUUCACAAUAAAGGCAUUUCCUUAAUAUUAAAAACAA